AUGAUCCAAGUCUCAAGCUAAAUGAUUAAUAGUAGUACUUAGCUAGAUGAGAGUAAUCUAAGCUCACCUAAAGUUAAUAGUAUAAAUAAAAAUUAACAAAGAUUUGUAAAAUAAUUAAGCUUAUAUAGUCAAAGCCCUUCUUAAACUCCAAAGUUUCAUAAUUUUAAAGAAGAAAAUAAUAAAAGGAACUCACCUAAAUGCGAAAAUAAUUCACAGAGAAUCCCUAUUUAUCAUAAAAAUGAAAAUCAUAUUGUUGAUAUUUAUAGUUUUUGCUAAUUACAAAAAUAGUAAUUAUAAGAAUAAUAUUAAAAAAAUAAAACUUUAGACUCACUUGCAUCUUCUUUUCAUACUUUAUUUACAACCGAAGAUGUGAUUUAAUUGCUAGAACAACCAUUAGAUUAGAGAAGAAUAAAAGGACUUCGAUAAAUGAGGAUAUAUUUUCAGGAAUACUAGUUUUUUCAAAAUUUACUUGCUUAAGAAGGUUAAGAAUUUGUAAAUUAAUGUACAGAUAACUUGACUUGCAAGUCAUUCAAAAAAAAUACUCUUAUGUUUAAUUCAUCAUUAGGAGAAAUUGAACCUGAUGUUAGAGGAGUAAUGAUUUUGAUAAAAGGAAAAUGUAGAGUUUUUUAUGAUAGAGAGUGCUCGUUAAAAUAUAUUCUUAAUCAAAAAUGUGAUUUUGAAGAGAAUAGUAAAUUAGUCAGCGAGGGUUUCACUCUAGGAGCUUAUGAAUAUGAAUAAGAUAGUGUACGGUAGAGCUAAAAUAAAAUAUAUUCUAUUUAUUGUGAAGAAUUUUGUGAGUUUGCUUUCUUAGAUAAAUAAUCAUUCUCAUAAAUUAAAUUGUUGAAAUUUAGAUAGGAAAAAAGAGAACUCAUCGAAUUCUUUAGGAGUAUUUCAAUAUUCCAGAAUUUUGAAGAUAUGACUUUGGUAGAAGUUAUACUCUAAUGUGAAAAAUAAAACUUUAAUAGAAUGCAGUAUGUAUACAAGGAUGGUGAUGAUUCUAAUUAUAUUUAUUUUGUUUUUGAGGGAGAAUUUAGACUUAAUAAAUAAAGGAGGGCAAAUAGUAGCUAAGAACUUGAAUCUGAUUAAAGAUAAAUAAAUGAUCCUCACCAUAACAAAAAACUACUUGCCAUGAUUCCAAAAUAAUUCAUUUAAAAAAAUCAAUAAAAUCAAGAUAAAUUACCGGCUUCUUCUAUAUAAUAAUCUGCUGACGAUAAAAACACUUUUCACAAUAAAAAGCUAAAGGAUCUUUAUUCUCAGAUGCUACAAAAAAAAAAAAAAAAAUGGAGUUAAAAAUAAGACCAAAUUACUUUGAUAAUUUAUGAGAGGGGAACAUUUUUUGGUGAAAAAGAAAUAAUUGAUGAUUUAUAGAAUUAAGAAAGUAUUAGUUUUCAUAAAAACAAAAAAAAAAGGGAGUUUUCAAUCUAAUGUAUGUCCGAUUAAGGAAUUUGCUAUCGUUUUUCCUAUUUUAAAUUUCUUAAGCUUAUCAACAAUCAUAGAUAAAUAUUUACCCAUUUGUCAGAACUUAAUGAUUAAUUGAAUGAAUGGAUUAAUCAUAGAAUAGAAUAAGUUUUAAAUCCUUAAAUUCUGACCAGUUAAGUUUAAGAAGUAUCCUAAAGUUAAUAAUUAAAACAAAUAAAAUGGAAACAAGAGCAAGAUGAGGUAAAAGCCAAAUUGUUAGAACAACACAAAGCUGCUACAAAAUAUUUGCAAUAAACUUUAAACUAGCUAUAGGUGAGAAUCAAAAGAGAAGAUAAGGAAAGAAACUUAAAAGUAAGUAACAUUGCUAGAGAGUUAACUAAGCUUAGAGAAAGCAGGCAUUAGUUUCUUCAUUUAAAUUUAAUUGAAAGAAAGAAGAAAGAACAUUUAGUUAUCUCUAAGCUAGAAUAAUAAUCAUAAAGUAAAAUAAAGGGUUCUCCAAGAAACUAAGACUGUUAAUUAGAGUUAAAUUAACUCUCAAAUACUAUAAAGAGACCAAGCUUACAUAAUGAAAAUUCUUAAUCAAGUACUUUUGUAAGGAGUAAGGUAGAUAUUUAACUUACUUAAAAUGAGGAAAACUACUUAACGCCUUAAUACUUAACAUAAAAGUCCAUAUCAGCUGAAAGUCAAAAGUAACAAACCUCAAAAAUUGAUUUAUUAGCAAACAAGAGUUCACAUGUUCUUCCUAAAAACUACAAAGAAACAACAAAGCAAAUAAAAUGCUCUUAGAGUACAAAAAAUUUAAAUACUGUUAGCUUAUCUCCAAUAAGAAACAUCAAACAAACUAGUAAAAAUUAAGAAAUUUAAGUCAAAUAAAGAAACAGCUCAAAUAAUUAGGAUAGAUAAUUGAGUUCAGAAUAUUCCUCAGGUAACUAGGGCUAAGAAUCUAUAAAAAAGAAGAGAGUUAUCAGUUUUUUGAAAAGAGAGCAACAAACGAAUUAUUUACCAUAGUUUUUCAUAAAAUCUUCUAUUCCAUUAUAAGAAUAUUAACUAAAAAACUCAUAAAUCAACAAUUUAUCAAGUUCUAUGAGCACAGAUUAAAAUUAGAGCACACUCAUACUUAGAGAAAACCAAAUUUUAAAUUAAUCAGAUAAUUUAAGAAAAUCCUCUAAGUCUAAGGUAACUCAUUUAAAUAUAAAUGAAACUGAAACCUCUAACAAAAAUUUAAUUACCAAAGCUUCUUACCCUAAGCUCUAUACAUAAAGUGGAAAUGGAUUUAUCCCUAAUAAAUGUAUAAGCUCUUCUUCCAAAAAAUAGCAUUAAAGCAUUAUGAGAUAUAUAACUUAACCUCAUUAAAUAGACGAUUCUUUUGAAAUGAUUCCAUUAAAAACUUGCAUCAGCUACAACACAUAACCAUAUGAAAAUUUAUAAAAUUUAGCAUCUGCUAAUCAAAACAUUAAUUGCAAUAAGUACCAGAUAAACAUUUUAGAUUCAAAUUCAUUUAUAGUAAAGUCUAGAUCAAUAACUAACUCAGAUUAAAAGUUUAUUAAUUUUCAAAGCCUAACAAACGACUCUUCCUCAUUUAAAAGUAAAGAUUUAGAUACAAAAAUGGAAUCUUAUUUUAAGAUGAAAGAUACUUCUCCUACUAAAAUAUAAAAACUUCCCCUAAAAUACUUUGUAAAUUAAUAUAAAAUUGUCUAAAAACAUCACCUUGGAAUGAAAAAUUAUAAUUUAAAAAAAUAACCAACAGAUUAAUCCUCACUAAAAAUAGUUUCCCCAAGAUUAUAACCUAGUCCUAUUUGA